UUGACACAUAGCGUGCAUAUAAACAUAAAUUUAAAUUUUUUCAAUACCUGCAUCCGAAAAUAACAUAGUAGAAGAAUAUCAGAAGGAUAAAAUGUUGAAAUAAAAUUUGUGUACAAUUUUGCAGAAUACAAUUGAUUAGAUUUAAAUUAACAUUUAAGUUAUCCUAAAAAUUUUUAGCAUGGAUGGAAGAAUUAAGUUCUUACUAGAAGCGUCUUCAAUGUUUGAACAUGAAACACAAGCUAAUAGACUUCUGAGAUCUUAUUACUUAUCGAAUGCAAGAAAACUUUUCAAAUAUAAUGCUGGUUCUAAUAUUCAACUAUUUAUGGAGAAAGAUGGUUGUAAUAAAUGUGUGACCAAUUGGGUAAAAGGUUAUUAUGGAUUGGCUUUUGAAUCAACUAAAGUUAAUUCAAGAAUAAAAUUGGCAGAAAACUUAGUGUGUGGAAAAACAGACCCAAUUAAACACAAACCUGGUGCAAAGAUUUGCAAGAAAAGGCAGCUUAAUAAUUUAGUUUUUACGUGUAAUUUUUGUUAUACGAAAACAAGAAUUCCCCUACAAAGAAGAAGUAAAAAACCUUUUGGUUUUAAUAAGAAUAAACUUGAGGUAAAAGCAAAAGAAAAAAACAAGAACUCUGAAUCAGUUUCUCAGACUGGAAAUUACAUGCUUGAGUUUACAAAUGAAACUAAAAUUGGUGAAAAAAGGAAUCGUAAACUAUCCAAACAUAUUAAUGGAAGUUCCAGCUUCAAAACUUCUAAAUUAAGCUUUCAAUCAAAGAGUGUCAAAAAAAAAAAAGGCAAACCAACCGGCGUUUCAGCGGUUUCAAAAACACAACAUAAAAAUACGUUAUUGCAAUUGGCGCUGCUUUUAAAAAAUAAUUCUAAUUCAAACAAAAGUGUUCAAAAUAACGAUAGAUUAAAAAAUUUAUUAAAAUAAAUAUAAAAAAAAUUAACAAAAAAAAAACUUGUAUGCACCUAUGUAUGUAAAAACAUGAAAAUUGACAUAAUUUCACUAAUAUUUUCGAUAUGUAUAUUGAUAAAUUUCGGAUUAAAAAAGUUUUAUUUUUA